UGUCUAUAUCUGACGAAAGGCUUAUAAACUACCAGAGUUCUGGGGAAAAAUCAUACCAGCUUGAUAAUUUCUCUGAAUUUCUUAUCACAGUAUCUUAUUUCCUGUAAAACAUUCUGCUAGCCUUCCAGGAAUUUCAAACGGCAAACUAUAUAACAGUGAGUGUCUAAGAAAUCUGGUAAACAUUUGAUGGAAUAAUUCUGAGAUGGAAUGGAUUAAAUUGUGUUUGCUUGUUGGCAGCAUUUUCGGUUCUUGCGAAGGUGCUAAUGAUUAUUAUUUCGUGCUUGCUCCAAACGUGAUAAGGUUUAAUAACCCAGAGACAGUACUAGUCAAUAUAUUUGGCAACAGUCAAAAUGUACAGGUAUCGGUUUGGCUUGAGUACAGGGGGAACCCUUUUUCUAAGUCAACUGUCACCGUUCCAGAUCAGGCAUCCCCAGUUUAUACAACAGUAAACGUGACAGAGUCGGAUAUUUUCAACACUGUUAUUAAAGACAAACCAAGAAUUAUCAAUCUUUGCUCACAACGCGGAAACGAGAACAAAAUAUGCAAUGACGUAGUACUCAGCUACAAGACGGGGUAUUUGAUCGUACAGACGGACAAACCUAUAUAUACUCCACUACAGAAAGUGAAGAUAAGAGUUUUAGCCCUUGAUGAGUCAUUGAAGAGGGUGUCGGGUGAUCAAUGGCAAUUACAUCUGGACAUCGUCAGCCCCUCAAACCUGACUCUUGGAAGAAGAGUAUUUACGAGCACAAGUUCAAGCGGGUUUUACCAAAAUGCCUUUUCCUUACCGCCUUACCCGGAAAUUGGAACAUGGACAGCUCGUGCCUUCUACGGCGGCCAUUAUGAAACAGUAGCAAGAUCCCAAUUUCAAAUUGAGGAAUAUGUCUUGCCAACAUUCGGUGUCACCGUUGACGUGUCACAGCCAUACAUUUUGAUGAAACAUCCCAAUGACUCUACGAUUGACUUCACAGUCAUAGGAAAAUAUGUGUACGGAAAGCCGGUAGCAGGAAAAGCAAGAUUGUCUUUCAAUGUAACAUAUGCGAAUGGGGAAAGUAAAUAUCUCUUUAGCAUGGACCGAAAAGAACUUGAACGGGGUAUAGCUGAAUUCAGUGUAAACAUUGUUGGGUCUGAGGAGCUUAAGAAGUUACCAUAUCCGGAUGGAGGUCGACUUGUAGCUAUUGCUACAGUGUUUGAAAGUGCGACAGGGAAAGAGGAAAACAUGUAUAACGAUGAAACAGUUUUCGCUAGAGAACCAUUCAUUUUCAAAUUUACUAGAUCUAAGCGAUUUUUUAGACCAGGAAUGGGUUACUAUUUAAAGGUUGAUGUGAACAUGCCAAACGGUCUCCCUGCUAAAGAUCAGAAAAUAACAGUGGAGCAAAUUAAUGACAAUGGUGGGGUUGUUGAAACUGAAGAAGCAAAGACAGAUAGCGACGGACAAGCACUUGCUAUUUUUGAGAAUACAGCGCAGAGUAACCGUCUUAGAUUCAAGGUCAUUGGAUCACGUGAUGCACAAAGACAAGACAGCGAUAUAUUUGAAGUUAUAGGGUAUGAUGAUAAAAACCAAAUUCUAGUGGAGCGCGUUAUCACCGACGACAACAUUAUGUUAAUGAAUGCCUUCUCAAAUGUACAGCUCGGAAGUGCCGUGUCGAGUUACACUGGAAUGUUGUUUGUGGUUGUAACAAGAGGUAAAGUUGUCCAUGCGGUUUUCAAGCAAGCUAGCAACAAAGCAGUCGAACAAAUUGAUGAAAUUUUGCAAGAAUUAAUCAAUCCCACAGCAAGGCUGUUGGUGUUUUACGUAGACGAAAACUCGCACAAGGUUGUCGCAGACUCUAUCAAAAUUGACGUUGAUGCAAAAUGUAGAGGAAAAGGGUUAACUUUAAAACCUAAUACUGUUGCGCCGUUACCUGGAACAGCGGAUAAGCUGACUAUAACUGGAACUCCUUUUUCUUGGGUUGGCCUCAAUGCCAUGGAUAAGGCCUUGCUGCUUCUAAAUGAUAAAAACAUUUUGGUGAAAAAUAAGAUGUUCGAUGUUUUAAGGUCACAUGACCUUGGAUGCGGUGAAGGAAGUGGUAAAAAUAAUGGAGAUGUUUUUAAGAACGCAGGAUUUUCUAUUUUGACCAACGCCGAUGUUGAUCCAGAUAUGUACCGUGAACAAGAAGGAUGUGAUUCAAACGCUCGUAAAAGACGUUCUGCUGAUGAUUGCAAUGGUGCUGAUGAGCGAUGUUGUAUAUAUGGUAGAUGGUAUGCUGAGACAGUUAUCAACGAAACUGCAAAAGAAGAAAGGGCAAAAUUAGAUUCGUACACAUUGUGCUACUCUGCUGCAAAGAAAUCAUUUAAAACAAACCACUAUGAAAUCAGAUGCAUCCAGUCUAUCUUACACUCAUGUAUAGAUGAGAUGGAGUCAUUGAUUUCCGAGGUUACUCAACUUUCGUCCAGGUCAUUAGAAGACGUCAGUCAUUAUGCAAAAGAUUUAGAGUUCCUCGCAAACGAGAAUGCAAGGCCUCAUAAACGAACUGAUUUCAGGGAGUCCUUCAUGUUUGAAGAAGUGCAGUUAGAUAUAAAUGGACAAGAAAGUAAAGUAUAUAUAUACCCGGAUUCAAUAACAGAAUGGAUGAUACAAGCUAUUGGAAUAACUGAAAACAUUGGGAUGUGUAUUGCUGAUCCAGUAGAUGUUAGAGUCUUUAGGAAGUUCUUCAUCCAACUAGACCUUCCAUACAAAGCAACAAGAUUUGAAUUAUUUGACGUGAAAGCUACACUGUUUAAUUACGGACAGGAAAAUGAUCCACCUAAGUCAGCAAACAUGUACUUGGAGGCAGUGGAAGGUUUAUGUUAUGGUACAGCACCGGGUAAGCCCUCGCCAAGAAAAGUAAUCGAAGUAGGUCCAAAUAGUGCCACAACUGUCCGAUUUCCUUUGAUACCAUUGAAAGCGGGAAAAUUUUCGGUGAAAAUUACAGCCAUCGUCACCGAAGCGGGAAUGCCAAUGGUUGACAUAAUCGAAAAAAAUCUCUAUGUUGUGAACGAGGGUAUUCAGGAAAUUAUAACAAUUCAAGCUUGUCUAGAUCCAAACGAGCAACGUGAAGAUUGUGAAGAUAGCGACAGAGUUAAGACAAGUGUUAAAUAUUCCGACAAUGGACAUGCACAGCAAGUAUCUAUAGUCGACCUUUCAUUACCAAAUAUAGCAAUCCAAGGCACCGGAUCGGCUACAGCAUAUUUACAAGCAAAUGUCAUGGAUAACGUAGUGCAAACCAUACUUAGCGGCGUUGAUAGCUUAUUCCAAUGUCCACAUGGUUGUGGAGAGCAGACGAUUGCCACAACCGCCCCAAAUGUGUACGCCAUGAUGUAUCUGAAGCAAACCAAUCAGGUCACUGCAGAUCAUGAGGUCACCGGCAAUACUCAUAUUCGAGAUGGUGUUAAUAGAGAGAAGAGCAUGUUCCGACAUUCAGAUGGCUCCUACUCCUGUUGUAAUAAUGACA